UGUCUUUGCAAACAGUAGAUUCGCCUGCUAAUGACUCACCCAGUGGAACAGCCCCAACAGCACCAGAAGCCACCAGCGGGCAGGACCAGGCUCCAGCAGCCGGUGUCACCACAGAGGCUACAAUUACAGCCCAGCAGAGCACAGGCCUCCCCUCCAAGGCCCCAGUCAAGACGAGCACCCCUGAUGUGUCCAGUGACUCAGGAACUACAGCCCCAGUUCAGCAAGACAAAGCGACCAUUACCAUGCCUGGAAAAGGAGACUCAGGCAACCCUACUGCCACCAGCGACGAUCCCAACGGCAUGAAAGAUGCAGCUGGCACUACAUUUGCACCCUCCAUGACCACAGCUCAAGCUGAUGCCACCACCAGCCAGGAUGGAGCAAAAGAUCCAGCCACAUCUGGGGACCAAAGUAGCCACAGUGAGACCACAGACGUCACAGCCACUAGGGCAGAACAUCUGACGACCCUUCACCCUACAAAUCCAGUUAGUACCCCCCAACCCACUCAGAUGCAUCCUGUGGCCAUCCCAACAAGCUCAGGACAGGACCAUCUUAUGACAGCUUCAAGCGGUUCAAGCACCGCGGCUGGCCCUGACCACACCUUCACAGGCCCUGGGAUGACCACCACACUACUGUCAUCAGUUCCCUCGCAAAGAACUCAACAGACCUCCAGCCAGAUGCCAGCCAACUCUACGGCCCCCCUCUCCCAGGGGACAGUGCAGCCCACGAGCCCGGCGAUGGCAUCGAGAACGUCUCCCCUCCCAGAGACCACAAGCUCCAACCCCACAGCAGGGUCAACUACCCACCAAGUCCCCAAAACACCUUCUCUCACCUCGGCUCAUGGGAAUAACUGGGUAACUCCAGCAGGAGUGGGGCAGAUAAAGUGUGAGGCUCCUGAAACACCGAAUGAGAAGCAGCUCAUCCUGAACUUCACAGGAAACGUCCGCUGUGCAGGGGGCCCUCCAGAUGAGAAACUGGUCACACUGAUAUGCCGAGCAGUCAAAGCCACCUUCAACCCAGCCCAAGAUGAGUGCAGCAUACGGGUGGCACCUGUUCUAGGAAGUCAGGCAGUGGCCAUCAAAGAAAUCACUAUUCACACAAAGCUCCCUCCCAAGGAUGUGUACGAGCGGCUGAAGGACAAAUGGGAUGAACUAAAGGAGGCAGGGGUCAGUCAUAUGCAGCUGGGGGAUCAGGGGCCACCGGAAGAGGCCGAGGACCGCUUCAGCAUGCCCCUCAUUAUCACCAUCGUCUGCAUGGCAUCCUUCCUGCUCCUCGUGGCAGCCCUCUAUGGCUGCUGCCACCAGCGCCUCUCCCAGAGGAAGGACCAGCAACGACUAACAGAGGAGCUGCAGACAGUGGAGAAUGGUUACCAUGACAACCCCACACUGGAAGUGAUGGAGACCACUUCUGAGAUGCAGGAGAAAAAGGUGGUCAGCCUCAAUGGGGAGCUGGGGGACAGCUGGAUCGUCCCUCUGGACAACCUGACCAAGGACGACCUGGAUGAGGAGGAAGAUACCCAUCUCUAGUCCAGUCUAACAGUGGCCUCCAGCAGCACCACAGAGCUCCAGACCGACCACCCCAAGUGCCGUUUGGACUUUGGACGGGGAAGGGAAAGACUGGGGAGGGGGAGUGAACUCUGAGGGGUGCCCCUCCCAAUCACUCCAGAGCCUUAAAUUUUCCUUUUUUGAGCUGAACAAAUCACAUUCUAUCCAGAUUCCUCUUGUAAAAUACCCAAUAGUGCCUGAGCUCAGUGCUGCUGAUGAGGGAAAUCAAGAAAAAGCCACGUAUAAGGGACUUUAA